AUGGUUUCGAUCGGUGUUCGUUCAACCAGACGCUCCAGUCAAACCAAGGUGAUUUGCAUCCAAUCGAUAGUUGUUUUCUAAGCCAAAAUGUUCAGAAACCUGCACUCAUGUUCUGCUCGUCGCUCAAAUCGCUCUACCGUCGUCUGAGAAGCUUUAACUUCAGCCGCUUCUGGGAUUCCAUUAUGGAGGAGCAGGUGGCCAUGACCAAAAGCCGCGACAUCAUCUACUCGAACAACGGAGCUACCGGCCCACUCAUUGUCUACGGAUAA